AUGAAGAAACACUCCAGGUUGAUUGUGUAUGUUGCGUCGGAAACGGUUUUCUACUGUUUCACAAUAAAGUGGAUCCGCAAAGAAGAAACAGCGGCGCAAAUAAAAAAGCUAAAUGAGACCAAUGCUCAAACGAACUCAAAAUAUGCCAAAGAUAAACGAAGAGCAACUUCUGGAGAUGUUGACAAGCGAGAGUUAGACUUAAGCAUCUAUGGAAAUUUAGGAAGUGGCUCAUGA